AUGGCCAUCGAGAGGAAAGCCAAGCCGUCAGCCUCUGGAACAAAGCCGGAUAGGGCUUCCACCUCGACCUCCACCCAACUCCCUCCAACCUCAUCGUCACGACCACCCAACCCGACGGCCACUACCAGAAUAAAGCGACAGCGCAUAGUGAAGAAGAAAAGGCUCAAUACUUCUUCGAAUGUCGAUACUGUACAAGCGAAACUGCUGAACGCUUCACCGGAAGUGUUGUCAGCGCAAUCCCCUCCUCCGACUUUGCCUACUUCGGCCAGCACGUACAACAACCCUCCAAAGCCGGGUAUCGCUAUCACGCCCUCGAAGAGAAGUGUCGCUCCUAUGUCGGCCAGUCCGCAUAAGAAGCCCCGUCUCGAAGGAUCAUUCUCACCUGCGUCACCGCCGUAUCACCUCGCCCAUCCCGCGAAGAACGCCGAACAAAAGUCAGUUACGGUUCAUCCGAACACACCUACAUCCCCGCCGUACAUGUCUUCGGCAUCACAGGUACAUGGAGAAACUAAGGAAGUCAAAUAUGAUCAGAGUAAGGUGGACGUAGAAAUGGAAGAUAUGCAAGAAGCCAGCCACAGACGAACCGAUCACGAAAGGCAAGGAGAUGGAUCGUUGGCUGAUGCCUCGCCAAUGGAAACCCUCUUUUUCCCAGUUCUAGAUCGUGCUUGGGUAGCUCUUAUACAGUCCCGACCGCAUACCUCUCAACACCUUAUCUCGACCUACAAUCUCAAUGGCUUAGCUGCUAGUGUCGCUCGUACAGAUCCAGUCACUGGCGAGAAAAUCAACAAGCUACGCAAAUCUUAUGAGAAUCAAAUAAAAUUGUUGCAUCUUUCAGGAAAGAAUAAGCCUACAUCACGACCAGGAGAGCUAACGCGUAUGCACGACACUACCGAAGAAGAGUGGAAGUCGUCUAUCGGAAAUAGUAGUCUUAUAUCUGCACAGCCCUUCGGAGACGAUCUAAUGGCCCGCGCUAUGAGUAUGAAAUCUGGAAAUUUGAGCCCCCAGGACGAUCGAAAAUGGCGGAAUAUCGUGGGUCAAGACGAAUUCAAUAAGCCGAAAGUUGGACUUGGGUUUGUCCCACCGCAGAAAAAACCAUUCGUACCAGCAGGAGCCACCCCGGCACCACAAAUUGCGCGCACAUCAUCUCAUCCCACGGCUCAGCGUCCACAGCGACCGGGGAAGAAGCGCCGAUAUGAUGAUUCCAGUUAUACAGGUUACGGUGAGACCUUUGUCGAAGAAGAUGUGGCAGACUCGACCGGUGGAGAAGAAAAUGGACGUGGUUCCAAUAAGAAACGUCGAAAGGACUUCACAGCCGGUAACCCACUCGGGAUCAAUGAGCGACCUGGAGGUUUUAGUAACAUGGUACGAGUGAACCAGCGAUGAACAUGGUUGCUGUGAUACAAGCACACGCGGCUUGAUCUUAUAUCAACUUGGAGUCGAGCAUGAAUUCGAUCUAUCUAUCUACACGAUCGUCGAAAGCCUAAGGAUACAGCUCCGUACAUCUUAUGCGUUCCGAGACGCAUACCACACAGAAACAAAAAGACGAUCCGGUCGUCCCGGCGCGCCAUAUCUGCCCUAACAGACACGAACACAGGAGUCUGAAUCACUGGCAAAUCACUGGCAAAUCACUGGCAAAUCACUGGCAAAUCACUGGCAAAUCACUGGCCAUCUAGCAUUGUAUUUUGACGACAUCAAUCCCAUUCAGAUUGGAGGCUUUGGUCGAAGUCCGCAUCUUUAUGCGUUGUAUUCCUGUUAUACCCAUUUGCACGAAAACAGCUCUGCAGACGCCCCU